AAUCCAUUGAUAUACUAAUUGCUUUUUCACUAAUAUAAUCGUUUAGGUCAAAUUUUUGCUUUUUUAUUAAUAAGUUUAUUAUAUUUAUUAAAUCCCUAAUACCUUCUUCUAUAAAAAAUGUCCCUAAUUCAUCAAGUCCUUUGUAUAAACAAAAUGCUCCUAUUCCAAUUUGUACCACUCCUGCUAUUCCUAAGAAUAUUACUCCAACCCAAUCUAUUGCAAAUUCUAUAUCAAAAAUAUAAUAUAAUCCUUCAUUUUCUAGUUCUCUUAUUUCCAUGUUUAAAUUCUUAUCUUUAUUAAAAUAAUCAUCUAGUCUAAUUUUGUUUAUUUUAAUGUUUGCUUCAUUAUCAUUACUAAAUUUUUUAAUUGUUUCUUCAAUAUUACAUUUAAUUGCCUUCAAUAUUUCUAUUUUGUUAAUU